AUGAAACUGGUCAACUUCAACAAAGUAACAGCAAGUCCAAGGGUUCUUUGUGUUCAGCUUGACAGCUUGGAUGUUGCAUGUAACAAAUGCAGCCAAAUUGGCAACAUCCACAAAGUUGUGGGUCACACUUGUGAAGUGACUGUUGAUGUUCGGCCGAGAGUGACCAUAGUAAAACAUUCAAAAGUUAUCGAGUCCCAGGCGAAAAGCACAAAAACUUUUAGCACCAGAGUAACCGAUGCUGCAAGGCUGCUAAAAUCCCUUGCUAACGAUCACCAACAGGGCAAUCCCAUUCCCCAUGAAAUAGAGCAAGCCGCUGAUAAAUGGACUUGGAUCAAGCUGAACGAACACAAAGAGAACAAGGCUUAUCUUCACACUGGUGGAAGACCUGCGUUAGUUCAGAAAGUGACAAAGAUAACCGAGUUAGAGUCUGCUACCAAGAGUACAUCUGAUACUGGGCAGAGUACGAUGUCAACGAAUCAAGCAUUAGCUAUGAUGCGUGACUGCCAUCUUGCAUGGGACCAGCUUCGAAAGCUGAAAAGGUAUAUCCCUAAAGGCUUCACAAUUUCAUCAGAAAGAAAAAUGAGAAAGCAACAAGACAUCUUCAUCAAGGAUAACCUGUGUGGGGAAAUGAUCAAGCUUGUGUUUCCUUCCACCAAGGCAGAUGGCAUCAAUGGCUUUGAAACGAAAGAAACCCCUUUUGUUUAUAUCAACAACCUGCCUUCCCUAAUUUUGGACUACCUUGACCGCCUUGACAGUUUGAAUUUUAUUAUCAAUAGUGCUGGGCUUUUGGUGUGGCAUGAUGGAGUUAUUCCGAAGGAUGAAGUCUGGUUGAAAAUUGGCGGGGACAAGGGAGGGACAUCUUUUAAGAUGAACUUCCAGAUAGUGAAUGUGUCUCAUCCAAAUUCACUCAGCAACACAAUUGUGUUCAUUGUUUUUGAGGGAAGUGAUUCCCUCGUCAAUUUGCAAUGUACACUCCCCAAACUCAUGAGACAGAUAGCUGACUUGGCAACAGUAAAGUGGAGAGACAAGUCCUUUCGACUUCUAUGUUUUGGAGAUUACGAGCUCUUGAACAAGACUUACGGCCUUUGUGGUUGCAACGCUCGUUACUGUUGCAUUUAUUGCAAAGCAUCCAAAGAAAUGAUGCAAAAACCCCUAGCUGAACGUGGACUAUCCCCUGCACGAUCAUUGAAUGAUAUUAAAGCCAACCACCAACACUUUCUCAAAAGUGGUGCCAAAAGGAGUCAAGCCAAAGAUAUUUCCUUCAGUGUUGUCAGUGAGCCGCUUAUCCCCAUAGAAGUUGAUCAUGUAAGUCAAAUGUAACUUAAUUAACUUUUAUAAGGGGAUGUGUUGUGAUCAAAGCAGGUCUGUUGCUGUACAUGGGAUUAUCAACUCACCAGUUACAGCACCGACACGCACACUCUCUGCUUGAAAAGCUAACAAUUCCAUGUAGAGUCACAGGCCUGCUUUGUUACUAUUUAAUGACUUACCGGUACUAGUUUGCAUGUUUAUAUACAUGUACACAUGUAUACCUCUUUUGGGAAAGUAUGCAACUUUUAUGUACAUGUUCUUCUAUCAUUAGGUUAUACUUCCCAGUCUUCACAUCUCACUUGGAGUUUUUAAGAAGCUCUUUGACCUGUUUGAGAGUGACUGCCACAGAUUAGACGAGCACCUCUUCAAGUUGCGAGCUCAAGUGGAAGAUGAGGAUGAAGAUGAGGAUGAAGAUGAACAUCGCGACACUAACUUUGAUGUGCAAAUUGCCACUUCUGUUAAGCAGCGAAACCACAUUGCUCAACAACUGACGAAGAAAAAAUCACGCCUUGAAGAACUCGAGGAUGAUCUACCCCUGUAUGUACUCCAGCACACUGAGCAGCAAGAUGUGGAUGCUGAAUUCCGUCAGAUGGCAACUGAGACAUAUCAGUUGAGAGUUGAUGUACAUGGCCUGGUGAGUUUGCCAUGUAAAACACAAUGCAGUCUCAAAAUUCUUGGAAUAAUGUUGCAAUUUUUCUCUCUUGAUUUGCAGUUGCUCCGUGUUCAUGAAUUUAGCAUGCAAACUUAUUGCGUCCAUUUGUUUUUCACAGGAAAUCGAAAUGAAUCAUGCUGACCUUGCCUAUGGAACUGGUCCUGUUGUCAGCUCCUUGGACAAAGUUUUGUCAACGUUUCAUGUUCAGCGACAGGCCUACCACGGAAAGUCAUUUGUGGGCAACCAUGUUCAUCGAUGCUGCACUGUAAGUACCAACAAUAUGCAUUAAAUCACGAGGGCCAUCUCGCAAACUCCAAACAAAGUUCAGUUAAAUUUAUAAACAAAAGCUGCAU